AUGGGCAACGGAGAAUUCGUAUUCAUCAACGUGAAUCUCAUCGAAAGCCAGAGUGAGCAGAACGGUCUGGGCUGGUUCAAGCAGAACGACAGGAUGAACCGGGUGGCAAAACUAAUGUAUCAGUCGCUUCUAGUGAUCCGAGUGCGCGUUCCUACAAGUGUGGAGUACCGAAAUUUUGUGGCCUUGCUGAUCAAGUAUGCGAGAGAUAACUACAACUCCUUGAUCUACGACCAUGAUAUCAAUCCUGUUGUGGCGGCUUUCUACGACAGCGUCCUUAUGUAUGCCUGGUCUCUCAAUGAAACACUGGCAGAUGGUGGAGAUCCACGAGACGGCAGAACACUAGCACGCAGACUAUGGAACAACACAUUUAGGGCAGGAUUGACUGGAGACAUUUCUAUCAAUGAGAACGGAGACCGUGAAGCGGACUACACUCUAAACGACCUCGAUCCAGACACAGGUGUAAUGGUGCCUGUGGGCACCUAUUUAGGAGCGACGCAAGAGUUCGAAUACGUGAUGGGCACAGAGAUUCACUGGCCCGGCAGUCGGAACGGCCCACCACUAGACGUUCCGGAAUGCGGUUUCCAAGGAGACGAACCGCAGUGCCAAGGAUCAGAAGUAUUUCCACCAUACGCCACAGCAGGCAUUGCCUUGGCUGGCUUCAUUGCAAUAGCAGGCAUCUCCGCAUUUUUUAUCAUCAAAAAAAUUCAGUACGAAUCUCAGCUCAACGACCAGUGGUGGAAAAUAUCCUGGGACGAUAUUACGUUGCCGGGUAAAGCGCUCAGCAAGUCCAGGCUGAGCAUUCCCAGCCACAACGACAGCAGCAUGGCCAGCCAGGCCUCGUACAUGAAGUCAACGUCUAACGUCAGCACAUUACAAGGACUGAAGAUAUCUGGCGUUCAGCUGGGAACCGUCAAGGGAAUACGAGUGGCAAUUAAGCCACUGGACGUCAAGAAGAUCCACGUCAACAGGCAGCUCCUGGCUGAGAUUAAAAUGGUACACGACCUCACGCAUGAAAACCUCGUUCGCUUUGUGGGACUUUGCGUCGAGGAACCCAACAUAUCAGUCAUCACAGAACUGUGUCCGCGAGGAAGCUUAAGGGACAUGCUCGAAAACGAAGAAAUCAACAUCGACUGGAUGUUCAAGUGUUCCAUGAUUACGGACAUAGUUGAGGGUCUGAACUACCUUCACGGCACACCCAUCCAAUACCACGGGAGGCUGAAGAGCACCAAAUGCAUAGUGGACGGUCGCUUCGUCGUAAAGCUAUCCGACUACGGGAUGCGACACCUUCACGCCCAGCUUCCGGAACCCGAAGAUAAGAAUCCGAGAUCCAUGUUUUGGACUGCGCCAGAGUUCCUGCGCCUCAAGGAACCGCGUCAGCAUUCGUCGCAGAAGGGAGACAUCUACGCCUUCGCCAUCAUUCUUCAAGAAGUGAUCACCAGGUCGGGACCGUACGAGUCUCUGGAGCGCAUUGGACGCGCGAGAUCGGUGAUGGAACCAGAAGAGAUCCUGGACCGCGUGAAGAUGGGCACAACCCCACCGUUUCGUCCCGAGGUUUCGCCCGACGAGUGCCCCGCCGACAUGCUGCGCCUCAUGCGCGUUUGCUGGGCCGAAGCACCAACAGACAGGCCCACCAUCUCCGAGGUCAGGCACGCCGUCAAGAAGAUCACGAAGGGUUUGUCAAGCAAGAAUUUCUUCGACAACUUGCUCCAGCGAAUGGAGCAAUACGCCAACAAUUUGGAAUCACUGGUCGAGGAGAAAACGCAGUCUCUUCUGGAGGAGAAGAAGCGCACGGAUGAACUGCUCUACCAGCUGCUGCCCAAGUACGUUGCCGACGAACUCAAGAAGGGUUCACACGUGCAGCCAGAAGCAUUCGAGUCUGUCACGAUUUUCUUCAGCGACAUUGUUGGGUUCACGUCCCUCUCGGCUGACAGCUCCCCGAUGCAGGUGGUUACGCUGCUGAACGACCUGUACACCUGCUUCGACGCCAUUAUAGACAAACACGAUGCUUACAAGGUGGAGACCAUCGGGGACGCCUACCUGGUCGCCUCUGGUCUGCCCAUUCGCAACGGCAACGAACACGUGCGCGAGAUCGCACGCAUCGCGCUGUCGCUGCGCCACCAGCUGCAGUUCUUCAAGAUCCGCCACCUGCCCAAGAGGAAACUGCAGCUGCGCAUAGGAAUCCACUCGGGUCCAUGCGUCGCCGGUGUAGUGGGCCUAAAGAUGCCGAAGUAUUGCCUGUUUGGUGACACGGUGAACACGGCCUCGCGAAUGGAAACAACCGGUGAACCACUCAAGAUUCACGUCAGCUCAAAGGCCAAGGAACUCCUCGACAAUUUCGGAAACUUCGAACUCACGCUAAGAGGCGAGGUGCAAGUGAAGGGAAAGGGCCUCAUGACCACCUAUUGGCUGGAAGGCGAACGAAACAGGGAACCAGAAGCUGAACAGUGA